AGGCGCUCAGUGUAAACAAACCGAGAGGAAAGGCAAGAUGGGGUCGUCAUAUAUGGCUUAUUUUGAGGAGAUGAAAAGCUACUUCCAGACGCACAACAAGCAAAAGGAGUACAUAGGACACAACUCUAAAGUCCACACUAUCGGCUGGAAUGCAGAUGGGAGACGGCUGGCUUCGGGAUCUUAUGAUAAAUGCGUGACAAUCUUUGUGUUUGACGUCCAUCGGGAAACGCUGAGAAAAGACUACACAUACAAGGGCCAUGGUGACAGUGUGGACCAACUGUGCUGGCACCCCACGCACUCAGAGCAGCUCACCUCGGCCAGUGGGGACAAGACAGUCAGAAUAUGGGACACAAGGACACACAAAUGCUCUGCCACUAUAAAUACGAAAGGUGAGAACAUCAACAUCACAUGGUCUCCAGAUGGUCAGACAAUUGCAGUUGGGAACAAAGAGGACCUGGUGUCAUUCAUAGAUGUCCGUAGCCAAAAGAUCCGCCACGAGCAGCAGUUCAAGUUUGAGGUCAACGAGCUGUCAUGGAACAAUGCAAAUGACCUCUUCUACCUCACCAAUGCUCAGAGUGGGCAAGGAUAUAUUCAUAUAUACAACUACCCAGAGAUGGAGUUGGUGCAUUCUAUCCAUGCCCAUCCCGGCAACUGCAUCUGUAUUAAGUUUGAACCCCAAGGUAGAUACUUUGCCACGGGAUCCGCCGAUGCUCUUGUUUCUAUAUGGGACGCCCAGGAACUCUACUGCAAGAGGACAUUACCUAGAUUGGAGUGGCCUGUUCGUACUUUGAGCUUUUCCUACGAUGGCCAGCUUUUAGCAUCAGGAAGCGAGGACCAGACCAUAGACAUAGCACACGUUGACACAGGGGAGAGAGUUGCACAUAUUAGUGUGGCUUAUCCAACCUUUACUUUAGCUUGGCAUCCACGACUCUUUCUGUUGGCAUAUGCCUGUGAUGACAAGGAUGACCGUGAGCGAGACCGAGAUGCAGGAACGGUGAAGCUUUGGGGUCUGUCCGGAGAACGGAGCUGAUUUCUGGUCCUACUUUUUUGGUUUUGAUAAAUGUGAUUUUUAUUUUUAUUUUAUAAACUUGAGUAGGUGUAGUUGAGAGUACAAAAGGGAAGAAAGAGAUACUCUAUUGCUACAUUGUACACCAGUCUUCUCUAAAGAGAUGUUAAUUUUGUUCAGUAAAACUUCGGCAUAAUACUGUAUUACUGUAAGUCGUCAUUAAAUUAAUAGAUUAUAUGUGCAUUGUUUGUUUCUUUGGAUACAUGGACACAAAUAAAGUUUUUUUUAA